AUGCCUCGGUCUCGGUCGCAGAAGUACACCAUUUUUUGUGUCAUCCCCAGUCACUCGGAAACAUCAUUUUAUGUUAAAGUAAAGCCGUCCAUUACAGUAGGAGAGUUGAAAGGGGAGAUUGUCAAAAAAAAACCCCACAUUCUAGGUGGCAUUGAUACGGACGAGCUCAAAUUGUAUCGGGUGGAUAUCGCGGACGAGGAGAACGUAAUACGUGAUACGGUACAAAAUUUGUCAGGAAAUUCAACUGCAACUCUAAUCAGACCGGCAUGGCCGUUAUUGGACGUGUAUCCUACCACUCCUCCCAAAAAAAAAAUCCAUAUCGUUGUUGUGUCUCCUAGUGCCGGUUUCGCUGACAUCGUUCCUUAUCUCCAUCCAGAUGAAACUCCACUACCGUCACUCGAUCAGUCUCCCGAUUUAGGAGCAUCUCCGGACCUUUUCAUCGUACGAUCCAAGAUUGACGAGUUUCUGGCCCAGCUUCGGCCUAAGAUCAAAAAAUUCCUCGAGUCGCCACGCCUACCCAAUUGGAGCCCACCUGAAGGGGCUAGCGAAGAGGCUCAGACGUUCUAUCAAGAGCUUGCAAUUCCGCUCAUCAAAGGCUCCGGUAAGACCCGAAUCCUGUUUGAGGGUCUUUGCCACAAGUGGGGCUUCUACUUCGUAGCUGCUCAAGGGCUGGAUAGAAUAGGAUCCCGAGAUCUUGAAGCUAUGACCCAACGAAUGUCUCGCAGCCGGGGUUGGAUUGAAGACAUAUUCAGAGCCUCCAACCCCAGUCGAGCAAACGACAUCAACGAAGGAAUCGCCUUCAAUCGAAUCUGGAGGGUAUUGAUAGCCCGUUGGACAAUAUUUCAAGCCUUUAUCGAUGUGGCCAGAUCGUGCUAUGACGGGAAACUACCGUACCAUAUCAAGCAUGACUGGUUGUUGUUUCAGACCCUUCCUCUAGUUCUUGUAGACAAUAGGGAUCCCUUUGUCGCAUUCAUCAGCACAUGCUUACCUAAUGUUGACGAUGAAGUGCUCGAUUCCCUUGACAAAAUCACUCCAGAGAAGGUCCUAGGCCAUGACUUCGACUCUCAGCACGACCGAUUCUUCUACGUCUUAGAUGAGGUGCAGGUUGCUGGUAGAAAGUAUGAUUCGUGCUUUCUAAAUGCCUCUGGACAAAAGGCCCGGCCGGUACUGAGGCCAAUCAUACGCAAGAUGACUGAAAUUACUUCUAUCGGUGUUAUCGUAUCUGGGACCGGUUUCUCCCUGGAUAACUUCAAGGAUAUACUCACAUCAGGCAUCAGUAAAGCUUCUGGUAAAGAAGAUGAUUGGAUUGUGCAGUAUCGUACGGGAGACUUUAUACUUCAGGAAUCACAACUGUCCUAUAUCCAUCGGGGCGAGGAAUUACUCCAAGGGAAUUGGAAUCAGGAAGGCCCCUCUUCUCCCCAUAAGAUUCUCAACGCAUAUAUCAAGGCACUAUCGAAUUUCGAUCCUAUUGAUGCUGCUAUCACCCUUCUCGACUCGGAACCUUCUAUUUUACCCCUUACGAUCCCUACUUUUGAAUGGGAAAAGAUCGAUAAAGAGCCUGGCUUACUGGACAUACUCGCUAAGUCUAUAUAUGACCUCCUUACUCGAGGUGUCUAUCCUCUGUGGUUUCCCGACCAUAAAUCUCUUGUCGAAUACGGACUUGGUCGAUUCCCAACGGAGGAUGCAGUAGAAAUCAUAGAGCCACUGGCUAUCAUCAGUCUUAUUCGCCACUUUGAGUCCAAAGGCAAGACGCUCACUGGCAAUAUUCUCGCGAACCUUCAAGUCAAUAAGGGCACGGCAUUCGAAGAGGUUAUCCUUUGGGCGAUGACAAGACUUCUUCAAAAUCGAAUCAAGCUGAAGGACAUUCUUGAAUUCAAAGGACCAGUUCCAGAAUGGGCUCAUUGCACUGCCCAAAUUAUCUCUGGAUCUCCUAAUGGAUUCGUGGACUUUGAUAUCAUUAACGAACAGCCAGUUUCCCCGGGAACUGGUACUGCUUUCUAUGGCGAUGGUGUUGAAUGGGUCAAAUUCUGGCUAGAGGAAGGUGAGGCCGGCUGGUGCCUCCCAGAUAGAUAUAUGGGUCCUGACCUGAUGGCACGUGUGCGAUUGAGCAAUGGGGAAAUCAUGUUAUUGGUUAUUCAAGUCAAAUGUCGCCGCUCAGGGAAUGUCAAGACUCUCGCUGGCGAUGUCACUGGUGAUGCAAUCCAGUCGCUUAUUCCCCAUAGGUGGUACUGCUCAACUGUCUGUAAAACUCUAUCCUCUACAGUUCCUGUU